AUGCUGUGGAGAGCGGGGCUCGUGUUGCUGCUGUGUUGGGCCACCACCGCGGGGGAGCUACGUCAUCAACCCCGGGACUCCCCGGAACGUGAAGACCCGACGACGAGCAAACUGCAGGCCGACUCUGUGUCCGUGAGUACGCGGCAGCAGCGGUCCCCGCCGCCGGUAGAACCCCUAGACUUUGGGUUCGUGCCCUCCGGUGUGUACGACACGCACGCCUACUACGAGCCCGGUGCCAUCGGUGUUCUGUUCCACAUGGUUCACGCGUUCCUUUACGUGGUCCAACCGAACCCCUUUCCGAAAGAUCUCAUCGUAAAAGUCAUCCAACAGAACAUGGGAGGGAUAAAACUAGAGGACUAUCGCAAGCCAGAGAACGUUGUCCUGAUGCUACAGACGAUCUACUAUGAGGCGGGCUUCCUGGUGUGUGUGAGUCUGGGCUGUGUGUUCCUGGCGUUGACCCCCGUGGUGGGACUGUGUUUCUGUGUGUGUCGCUGCUGUGAGAACUGUGGAGGGGAGAUGCAUCAGAGACAGGGGAAGAACCCAGACUGUCAGAGAGGAUUCUACACCGCCUCUCUCCUCACCACCUCUAUAUUCAUCACGACGGGGGUGCUGAUAGCGCAUGCUGCCAACCACAACGUCACGUCUCAGAUCAAGUCAACGCGUCGUUUCAUCAGCAGCAACAUGAGAGACCUGAAGACCUUCGCUAACAACACACCGGCGCAAAUUGACCAUCUGACGGCCCAGUACACUACAGCUAAGAAUAAAGUCCUGUCUGACCUGGACAACAUCGGGCCUCUGUUGGGUGGGAGGAUCCAGACUCAGCUGGAGAAGGAAGUAGUUCCUUCUCUGGACACAGCUCUGCGCAUGGCUGGAGGCAAAGUGGAGAACGCCGUCAAAGCUCUGCGUGAGUCUAGGGAGGCGUUGGAGAGUGUCAGUUCUUCGUUGGAUGUUCUUCAUGAGGGAACGUCUCGUCUGGCGCUCCGUCUGACGUAUGAACGGACCUCCCUGUCCAACACCCUGUCUGAUCCGGCCUGCACUAAUGGAGCUGUGUCACGCACCUGCAGUGACAUCCGCCUUACACUCCCUCAGCUGGGAAUCAACAGCAACUUCUCUGGGUUACCAGACGUCAGUCCCCAGUUGGCCAGAUUAGAGAUUGUCCUGAAGACAGACCUCAGCAACAUUUUACAGAAGGGUUAUUCAUCCUUCAAUGACACCCCCAGACUGGUCCAACAGCAGACUAAGAAUGUAGUAGCAGCUCUGCCUAGAGUGAAGGCCUUGAUGGAUAAAAUAGGAGUAGAGAUUAUAGGUUUCUCUAAGAUGUUCCCAGUGGAAGCCUCUCUGGCCAACUUCACCAUCUUCCUGAGUCAGGGCCAGAAGAACAUGGAGGCCUACUACCCUCAGAUGGACCAGAUGGACUUCUACAGGUGGAUUGGCUGUGUGGCCGUGCUGUGUUCGGUGGUCCUCGUCUUGACCUUUAACUUCCUGGGUCUGUUGUGUGGAACGUGUGGCUACGACAAACAGGCCACGCCCACCACCCGCGGCUGCCUAUCAAACACCGGAGGCAACCUGCUAAUGGCAGGUGUAGGGUUCAGCUUCAUCUUCACCUGGGUAUUGAUGGGGCUGGUAUCAGCAGGGUUUGUUGUCGGGGGCAACAUUGAGAAGUUGUUCUGUGAACCGCUUGCUAACAGACAACUGUUCAAGAUCAUAGACACUCCUUACAUGGUCCAUCCUGCCAAGAAGCACUUCCUGCCCGGCAUGCUGUUCCAGAACCCUAACAUCAACCUGACUGUAGGAAGCAUGUACCGGGACUGCUAUGAUAACAACGGGCUGUACCAUGCUCUGCAGCUGGAGACCAUGUUCAACAUCAACACCUUCCUCAAAACCACCGUGUUUAACAAGGAUCUGGUGAAGGUGUUUGACAGCGUGAGCAUCGACCUCCAGAGCAUGGUGUUAUUGGAGCAGGACGGACGAGAUAACCUGCUAACCUUCUCUACCGCUGGGAUAGGAGAGAUUAACUAUGCUGCUUACCUAGCAGAGGUGAAUAAAGGUGUAACUCUAGUGGAUCUGCUGUCGUUUUCCAACGAGCUGGAGGCCCAGGCUGACCUUCUGCCGCGGGGAGCUCUAGAAAAUGCGUUGAAGGGUCAUGCCAGCAGCAUCAGACAGAUCCACAGAGAACAGGUCGUCCCUAUGGAGCAGGCCAUGAAAUUUGUCAGAGCGCGGAGCACCCUCAGCCAGAGCAUCCGGCUACUGCAGAGGACAGCUAAGGAACUACCUGUGAAGGUGACUAACGUCCUUAGUGCCAUCGACGAAGCAGAGUACCUCAUCACACACAACGCUUCACGCGUGGUAAAACAGGAGACAGAUGUGUACAUGCGGAGCCUGGUUGGAUACUUCAGACAGUACACUGACUGGGUCAAAAACUCGCUGACAGCGGAGGUGGCUCAGUGUAAACCCAUCAGUAACAUCAUUGACUCCAUGGAGAUAGUAGCCUGCAGCUUCAUAGUCGACUCAGUGAACACGUUCUGGUUCGGUCUGGGUGGUUGCUGUGUGUUCCUGGUUCCCAGCAUCAUCCUGUCAGUCAAACUGGCCAAGUACUACAGGAGGAUGGAUACGGAGGAUGUGUUUGAAGAGUAG